GUUUUAUUUGACUUUUUGAAACUUAAAAUAAGCUAAAAAUGUCUCGACAGGCCACCAGACUUGAUGCCAAGAAAGUGGUAAGUUGAGAGAAGACUGUGCACGCUGUGGGUAAAUCGGUACGCUGCUUUCUAGUUGUAAGUAAGUGUGUUGAGGGCUUGAGGGACACCAGUGAUUGACCAGGUAGCGCGUCCUGCGUGAUAUGGAAAACCAUUUUAGCAGUACCCGCACCACAGCAACAAUGAGCUCCGCUUCCGCCACCACCACCACCUCCAGCAACAACAACAACAACAACAACAACAGCAGCCAAAGCGCAGCCAGCAACAAUGUGAAUGUAAACACAGGCACUGCCACGGCCAACGCCGCAGGCGCCGCCGCCCAGCCGAUUCAAGUGAUUCCAAUGCCAAUGCUACCCACGGGAGCGGCACAGAUUAUUAUCGGACAGCAGCAGGGACAGGCGACGGCCGGUCUCCAGCCGCAAUUGAUUCCGCUGCAGGCGAAUCAAAUCAUGCUGCAGGCGCAGCAGCAGCCACAGAUGCAGUUGAUGCAGCUGCCCGAUGGCCAGACCAUAUUCUAUCAGACUCCCACCAUAACUACACUCGAUGCAAACGCGGCAGCUGCCGCAGUGGCCGCCCAGCCGACUCCUCACUACCUCAACAUCAAUGGCCAAUUGGUGCAAAUUACUCCAGCGGCGACGGGCAACCAGGGAGCAACCGCGGGUGGUCAGCAGAUCAUCAUGCUGCCGCAAGCGGCAAUGGCCACAGUCAAUGCAGCAGCCGCGAAUGCUACCCAAGCUGGCAACAGCGUUGGCAGUGUCGUCACCACGCAGCAGCAGCAGCAACCCCAACAACAGCAGCAGCAGCAACAACAACAACAGCAGGCGAAUAAUCAGGCAGCCGCAGCGGCGGCGAACAACGUGAGCGCGGAUGCCAGUACCAGCACCACGGGAACAAAUACAAACAGCGAGGACGAGAGCUCCAAGGGCGAGGCGGACGAGGAGCCGCUCUACGUGAAUGCCAAGCAGUACAAACGGAUACUUAUAAGGCGACAGGCCAGGGCCAAGCUGGAGUCGCGCAUACCCAAGGAGCGGUGUAAAUAUUUGCAUGAAUCUCGCCAUCGGCACGCCAUGAAUCGGGCACGCGGCGAGGGCGGACGCUUCCAUUCGGCGCAGGAGAAGGGCGAGUCCAGCUCGGAUGGCGGCAGCCUGCCCAUGGCACCCAGCAGUGUAACCCUCAGUCGAGGCACGGCGCGGGCACCGCCCAAGCUGAUAGCGCCCCAUCAAACGCCGAGCAUAACGAUAACGGCCAUCAAGUCGGAAUGACCCUUUGAAAUUGUAGAUAUUCGUAGAAACCAGACUAGAUCAUAGCACAUAGAAUUAAGCAAUCACUCUGUGUCCUCAUCCCCCGCCACGCCACAACCCGCUCAACACGUCAUAUCUUCUGGAUUGUACACAAGUCGAAAUAAAUUUGUAUUUAUUCUAUAAUCUCGCAAA